UCUGAUCCAGAUGCCUCGCUGAGGCCUCCCUGGUGAGGUGUUCAGGACAUGUCCCACCAGAAAAGACCCCGGGGAUGACCCAGGACACUCUGGAGAAACUACGUCUCUCGCCUGGCCUGGGAAUGCCUCGGGAUCCCUUUGGAAGAGCGUGAAGAAGUGGCUGGGGAAAGGGAAGUCUGGGUAUCCCUGCUGAAGCUACUUCCCCGUAUUUAUUAUGGACUUGCAACAAAGCCAAAGUAUCAUCCUUGCUUCGAAGAGUCUUGUUCACAGGACGAGCUCCACCCUUGAUAAUAAUGGCAAAAGUAAAAAAGGAAUGGUGUUGUUUUAAGCUGUAAUGAUUGUCGGAGUGUGUGCAAAUACAAAACAAAAAAGCGCUGAAACUAGAUGAGAUUUUCUAUUUUUUAAGCAAGGAAUGUCUGGUCUAAAAAAUGUUGCAAAACCAAAGUAGCGAGUUUGUUGUGGUCUAAGUUUUGUUUCAUGUUUCCUGUAUGCCGUUUUUCAUGUCUCGUGUGCUCAUUUUGAUAACUGUCAACCACUUGUUUCCGUUCACAGCCAACUGAACACUUUAAGUCUGUGUUAUCAUUCUUUCAACAGUGGCUUUGGGGAGUGGCUGAGAAUAUGUGGUGGGAGGUGUGAGUAUGUGACACUUAGGGGAAAGAGGCUUCCUCUAUGUGGCAGGGGUCUACCGGUUUUUCAGAGGGGUUUUGUUCACUCCAAAAAAAUCAUAUAUUAUUUGACAAAUGGGUUUUCAAUCUAUCAACAGGUGUUUGGAUUGAUAAGCAGACGUGUGGGACCCCUGAAGGUCAAAAUCAUAAGCAAAUUCGCAAGGAUUUCCUGUGGUAAUCUCCAGUAUUUCUCAUGACAUGACUGGAGGGGGAACUUUUCAUCACUAGUUCAAUCCCAAAAGUCACAUAUCUUUUGACCAUUGUAUUAUCAAUCUAUAAAAAGGUGUUUGUACCAAUGAGGGACCACUCAGGAAAUGCCUUGUGGCCCUGUCUAUUCUCUAAAGUGGUAAAUAAUUUUGGGAUUUUCGGUACUACUUCUGGCUGGGAGAUUGCCGGCUUCUGAUGUUAGUUUCUGGUAUGAUUUCAAGUUAGGGAGAUUUGUAGUGGGGAAUUUCCUGUCCCAAUUUCCAGUUCCAUUUCUGCAAACGUCACUUCCGAUACUAUGAACACUUCCAGCCUUAAGUCGUGAAAUCAUCACGUCAAACACGAAUAUCUCUCCCGCAAACAUUGUCUGACUCCGUGCGAAAAGUUGCCAUUAAGGAGCCGUUUUGCCACCAUGGAUGUGAGCAAUCUGUUAAAAUGCAGGAUGGUUUUACACACAGCAGCACGGUGGAUCAGUUGUUAAAGCGUUCAAUCCCGGCCCUGCCUGUGUAGAGUUUGCCUGUUCUCCCCGUGCCGUCACUCCGGUUUCCUCCAACAUCCCAAAAACAUGCAAUAUUAAUUGGACACUCUAAAUUGCCCCUAGGAGUGAUUGUGAGUGAGUGACUGUUUGUCUUGAUGUGCCCUGCGAUUGGCUGGCCACCAGUUCAGCGUGUACCCUGCCUCCUGCCAGUUGACAGCUGGGAUAGGCUGCAGCACUUCUGCCACCCUCGUGAGGAUAAGCAGCUAAUAAAAAAGAUGGAUGGAUGGAUGGCUGGAUGGGUUUUACACACUUAGCAGCAACAGCAACUCUCCUGACCACCCCUCAGUGGAAACAUAAAGUAAAUUACGGCACUCUAUACCUACAUUUUUGUACUAGAAGCAUUUUGGUUUCAAGUUUAAAUGCCUUCAACAAAAAAGUGUCCAGUUGCUGCAAAUGAACUUUUGCAAAAACUCUCUGCUUGAUUUAAAAAAAAAAAUAUUAUUAACAAAUGCAGCAUUCUUUUAUUGAAUUGAUUACAAAUAUGUUGCUUGUGGUUUUGGGGAUGGUAAAACUGUCGACCAGUGAUGUUUUGCUUAAUUCUAAAGUAUGGAUGCUUUGAUGAUGCGGAUGAUGUGUCAGGUGGCUUUUGACACAGGACGUCAUUGUGAUGUAAUGGCACGACUCAACUCUGCCACUCCCCGCGCCCACACCGCCUCUUUGCUUUCUGUCAUUUGUGCCGCGAUUUGGCCGGAGUCCAAAGUGUAACGAAAUGGUCAAAAUUCAAAAUGAAUUGCGUGGAUGGUAGACUUGCAAGCAAGUGCAUAGAAUGUGUGUACGACGAGCUGCGACAGACCCGAGGACUCAGCGACGCACUUAUCAUAGUGGACCAUGUGGAGUUCCACAUCCAUAAAAUCAUCAUGUGCAACUGCAGCCCAUACUUUGGAGCCCUCUUUCUACGAUGGUCCACACCAGACCAGAAGGUCUAUGCCAUACAAGGUCUUACAGCUCACUUAAUGCAGCUCUUCAUUGAUUUCGCAUACACCGGUUGUGUGUUGGUAACACAGGACAAUGUCAAGGACUUGUUGAUAGCCGCCGACAAGUUUAACGUCAUAGGCAUCGUUGAAAUCUGCUGCCUGUUUCUAACAGAGCAGCUCUGCCCAGAGAACUGCAUCGGCAUCUGGCAGUUCACCAGGAACUGCCACACUCCACAGCUGCAGAGUAAUGCCUACCAGUAUAUUUUAUACCACUUUGAGGAAGUUGCCACAUCGGACGAAUUGCGGCAACUCUCCAUGCAAGACUUCAGUGACAUGCUCGACAGAGACGACCUGAUUGUGAAAAAGGAGAACAUUGUUUACGAGGCCAUCCUGCACUGGAUUGCACACGAGCCUUGGGAGCGUGGCCGAAGCAUGCCGAUGCUCCUGGCCAAGGUCCGUCUCGCACUGACGAGUCAGGAGUACAUCACCAUCAAUGUGCUGACCAACCAAAUGGUACAGAACAGCCGUGAAUGCCUGGAGAUGGUCACAUUUGCCUCUCGCGUGAUAAGCCACAUGGCGACAAACUCGGUGUCUGCCUACUGUAACCAAGUCGCCCGUCCACGCCUACCUUCUGCCAUCCUGUUGGCCAUUGGAGGAUGGAGUGGCCCGAGUGCCACUGAGUGCAUUGAGGUGUAUGACGUCCACGCCAACUGUUGGGACUACCUGUUUGAAAAUAUGGACCAACCCCGAGCAUACUGCGGUGCCACCUUUCUCAAUGAUGCCAUCUACUGUUUGGGUGGCUUCGACGGCACAGAACAUUACAACACCGUCAGCCGCUUUGACCUGAAAACACGCACUUGGCAGGAAGUGGCACCCAUGCACUCCCGGCGAUGUUAUGUGAGCGUCACAGUGCUGAACGGGUGCAUCUUUGCAUUAGGGGGCUAUGAUGGACAUGUAAGACUAAAGACAGCGGAGUACUACACACCUGAAACCAACCAAUGGACUCUUAUCACCAGUAUGCAUGAGCAGCGGAGUGAUGCCAGCUGCACCACCCUUAAUGACAAGAUUUACAUUUGCGGUGGUUUUAAUGGAAAUGAGCCCUUGCAAACGGCAGAAUAUUACAGCUCAGACACAAAUGAGUGGACAGUGAUGGCUCCAAUGAGCAGCCGGCGCAGUGGUGUUGGUGUCAUUGGGUUUGCUGACCACGUUUACGCAGUUGGAGGUUACGAUGGUGAAGUCCGUCUGACCACUGCCGAGGCCUACAACCCUCGGACCAACAACUGGAUUGUGUUGCCCCCAAUGCAAUGCCCCCGAAGCAACUUUGGCAUUGAAGUAGUGGAAGAUUGUCUCAUUGUUGCUGGGGGUUACAAUGGUGUCUCCACCACCAGCCAUGUGGAGUAUUAUGACUUAACGACUGGUCUAUGGUCUCCAGCCAGCGACAUGCGGAUUUCUCGUAGUGGUCUGACAUGUUGCGUGAUGACCGGACUCUGCAACAUGAACCAAUGCGCUAUCGUUCGAAACGAUCUACCGUUGCUCUUCCUGGAAGACGAUAUAACAGAAAUGGAUGAUGAUGUCUAAACGUAAAAUGUUAACUGCUCCGAGAACUCAAAUAAAACUUCACAAGGAUGAGGGGGGGAAAUGAAUAAAAGAGCAAAACACAUAACUGCAAACAUGCUCACUCAUUUUAAUUGUGAUUUUCUCUGAUGGAUGAACAUUUGGAAACAAAUAUCCAAAUAACUCAUUUAGACAUCAAAAAGUACUGUAUUUCUUGUUUCUUGUUUUAUUUUUUGGUUGUGAUUAAAUUCAACGCAGAAUUUGACCACUGAAGCCAGAUUUGAAGAUUUCUAGCCCGAGAGAAAAAUACAUCUAAAGUGUCAAUAAAAAAAUUCAUGGGCAUUUUCCAAACCUGGAUUCUGACACAGGUCCUGUAUUUUGGCAGUGUCAGUUUCAUUAAACAACUGUUUUGUAAUUUGAGUGUCCAAAAAAGUCCCUUCUGACACCUUGUUUUACCCACUUUUAUAUGUGCUUUGUCCAUGUUUGGCUUAGACUGGCCCCCAUUUUCAUUUGAUGAGUUGCCUCCGUGUAGAAGACCGCCUUAUGAAAGCAUGCGUUUGUUGUGUUGAAAGUCCUGC